AUGUCGACCCGAGCAGCCCUGUGUGCAGCAUCACUAGAAGAACAUAUGCAGAGACCUCACGCAAUUCGAACCUUAUCGGCUCAGAUCACUCCCUCCACAGUCUCUCCGUCAGCGAGUCAAGACGAACCUAAAGAAGUGGUCGGUCCGAGGACAAGUGGCGGUCACGCUAUCUCUUCUCCUGCCUCCACGGCACACGAUCGGCCGUCUUCUGAAGCUCCUCCCGCCACGAAAACGGCGACGACAACGUCACCGCCGGCAUCUCCACCCUCAUCUACUCGUCGAACUAGCACUCAUGUCGAUGAGUCACAAUCGCCUGCAACAUCGACAAUGGAGGAACCCAGACGAGAACAUCCCAAAUCUCUGCCGUUGGAUCAAAUCCCCACGGAUUCCCGACGUUCAAGCUCAACCAAAGUGCGUAAACCUGUGCCUAACGGCAGCGCAAUGCGUGCCACCUCCGCUCAGUCUCCAGAAACUCCGGUCACUUCAAAGAUUUCACUUCGGACACUUCAGGAAAUG